AUGGACGAUGAAGAACCUCUCGAGCCUGAGACACAAGAUGAGACUGAAACAGUGGCAGCAUCAGAGAACAGUGACGAAACACUCUACUGUGAGGCCGAAGCCACCCCGGCUGUCGAAAAAGAGAAACCAACCCACGAGAGUUCAGAAACAGACCUUGAGAUGGAAGAUACUGAGAAAUUUUUCACCACUGGACAAAAGGAGCUGUACCUGGAGGCCUGCAAACUGGUGGGUGUAGUGCCUGUCUCCUACUUCAUCCGGAACAUGGAGGAGUCCUAUGUGAACCUCAACCACCAUGGGCUGGGCCCCAGGGGCACCAAGGCUAUUGCGAUUGCCCUGGUGUCCAACACAGCUGUGAUGACCCUGGAGCUGGAAGACAACUGUAUCAUGGCGGAGGGCGUCGUGAGCCUGACGCAAAUGCUGCGAGAGAACUACUACCUCCAGGAGCUGAAUCUUUCCGACAAUGAUCUUGGUUUGGAGGGGGCCAGAAUCAUCUCAGAAUUUCUCCAGAGAAAUACGUCUUCACUCUCGAACCUUCAGCUUUCAGGAAAUAACUUCAAGGACGAAGCUGCAGAGCUGCUCAGCCAAGCCCUGUCGUCUGAUUACCGAAUUAAGUCGCUGGAUCUCAGUCACAACCAAUUCUCUGACAAAGGAGGGGAGCACUUGGGACAGAUGCUGGCCUUGAAUGUAGGGCUCCAGUCGCUGGAUUUGAGCUGGAAUCACUUCUACACGCGGGGAGCUGUGGCUUUGUGCAAUGGUCUCCGGACCAAUGUGACCCUGAAGAAACUGGAUGUCUCCAUGAAUGGCUUUGGGAACGAGGGGGCUACGGCCCUAGGGGAUGUCCUCAGACUCAACAACUCCCUGGCCUACCUAGAUGUUAGCGGCAAUGACAUUAGCAACGAAGGAGUCUCCAAAAUCAGCAGAGGACUGGAGCUCAAUGACAGCCUCAAAGUCCUGAAGCUUUUCCUGAACCCUAUGAGUAUGGAUGGAGCUGUUUUACUUAUCCUGUCCAUCAAGAGGAACCCCAAAUCCAGUAUGGAAGAACUCGACAUUUCCAACGUGCUGGUGUCUGAGCAGUUCGUGAAAACGUUGGAUGGGGUGUAUGCCGUCCACCCCCAGCUGGACGUGGUGUACAAGGCGGUGCAAGGCCUGUCUGCCAAGAAAGCCGUCCUCCUGUGGACGAACCCCAUGAAACUGAUCCAGAGCUAUGCAGACCAGCACAAAAUCACGGUAGUGGACUUCCUCAAGAACUUGAACCCCACCGGAACCAUGAGGAUGCCUGUAGGCGAAUUCCGGAAAGCUAUGGUACAGCAGAAGCAAGUCCCCUUAAACCGGUCCCAAAUCAGGGAGCUGAUAAAGAAGAUUGACGAGAAGACCGGCAUGGUGAACUUCAGGUCAGCCCGGGCCCUGCGGCCCAUAUGCCUCUCCAACUUCUGCCGCGGGGAGGUCCCCAGUUCUCUGUGAGGCGCCCUGGCAGGGUGGACCUGGGCUCCGGGUGCC